AUUGCCGUAAAGCACCUCGGCUGUGACUGUCGUAGAGUCGGUGGCGAACAGUCAACAGCGAUUCAUUGACAAAGAGAUUCUUCCAAACGGAGCCAUUUCUGUUCAUUUUUAGUAGUAAGUAACAGUCGGUCAACAUGGCUGAAAAAUUUGAUAACUUGGAGGAGCACCUGGAGAAAUUUAUCGAGAAUAUUCGACAGUUGGGAAUCAUCGUCAGCGACUUCCAGCCCAGCAGCCAGGCAGGACUGAACCAGAAGCUGAAUUACAUGAUAUCUGGACUGCAAGACAUCGAGAAGUGCCGUCAACAGCUUCAUGAGAUCAACGUACCACUGGAGGUCUUUGAAUACAUUGACCAAGGGCGAAACCCUCAGCUGUACACCAAGGAAUGUCUGGAGAGAGCCUUGGCGAGGAACGAGCAGGUCAAAGGGAAGAUCGACACCAUGACGAAAUUCAAGAGUCUUCUAAUCUCCGAGCUCAGCAAAGUCUUUCCAGAGGAGAUGGUGAACUAUAAGGCUAUACAUGGAGAAGAUGCCCCUUCCUAGUGACCGCUGCACCCAUGACCCCUGACCUGCAACCUGUGACCCUUGAAAUGAAAGCCUGGAUGGAGCUUGACCAAACAGGUUCCUCUGCGGUCGCCCGCAGCAUAGGAUAACCCAUUAUUAUUUUUCAUAAAUAUUGCGAUGCUGUUGCUGACAAAGACGUUUUUUCUUUUUAAUUUCUGCUCAGCAGCACCCUUACUCAGCCAAUCCUCUCCUUUCUUUACAUUUAAACCUAAUUUAAAGAAAUGCAAAUCAAUAGCAAGUGUAUGGGAGGAGUAGAGAGGGGAUGCAAACAAUGUUCAGCACUGGGUUGUUAUGUUGCCAGGAGACACAUUUGUUUUUAACGUCCCUGUUGAUGCAUGGGCAGUCGGCAGCAAAGGCAGUUUCUACGACUCCCAACUGUACAAGAGGAAAUAUCCAGGCGCUACAAGGCACCUGUCUGAUUCUGCAUUAAGGAAUUUACUCCCAUCAGUUGUACAUACAGUCUAUUUAUACUCUUACACACCCUUUUGUAAUGCUUCCUAAUCAUUGCGCAACAUGCAUUUGUACCACACACACAGUUCAUGACAUUUUGUAUCAAGCUCAGGUUUCUAAUGGCCAUGAUUAUUGAAUGCAAAUGCUGUUUGAUGAUAAUUCUGUGCCUGAUCACUCGACAUGGUCAGAAAUGAGUCCACUCUUUAUUUGUAACUUGUUUGUAUUAUCAUUUUUGUUAUUAAAAAUGAUCCUUGUUGGACUAA